UAAAGAGGGUGGACCGUACAUCCAGAACACUAUCUCUUCAGUCUUUAGUGCAUCAAAGCAGGCCAGGACCACAGACACCAUGUUCAUGCUAACAGUCUGGACCCUGACAGUGCUUCAGAUGUGCACUGCUUGCAGUCUGCCAAACAUCUGCACAGACAGUUCCGCUGUUCAGGAGGAGAUUGUGAAUGCACACAAUGCCUUCAGGAGGGCAGUGAAGCCAACAGCAAGCAACAUGCUGAAAAUGAGCUGGAACCAGACGGUGGCAGAUUCAGCCCAGCAGUGGGUGGACAAAUGCAAGAUGGGGCAUGGCCCAUCGAGCUCCCGUCUGAUUGAAGGCUACGAACUUGGGGAGAACUUAUUCAAAACUGGAGGUUCUAACACUUGGACUGAAGUGGUGAGUGCUUGGCACAGCGAAGAGGAAAACUACCAAUACCCCACUGGAUCACACAAUGGACAACCUAUUGGCCAUUACACUCAGGUUGUAUGGUACAGCUCCUAUCAGGUGGGCUGCGGUGUAGCCAAAUGUGGCAACUCCUAUUUCUACGGCUGCCAUUACUACAGAGCAGGAAACUUCUACACAGGAGGGCAGGGUAUUCCACCAUACACUGAAGGAGAGCCUUGUUCUGCCUGCCCAGACUCUUGUGAGGACAAGCUGUGCACUAAUCCUUGUCCAUACAUUAACAAAUUCAUCAACUGCCCAGCCUUGAAAUUACUUGCAGGGUGCACCAACACCUAUGUGAGGGCCUUCUGUUCCGCUCUGUGCCUAUGCCAGACAGAGAUUGUCCCUUUAGCAAAAAAAUAAGGAUUUUCAUCUACAGUAGUACUUAAAGUAAAUUGAAUCAAAAUGUGAACUCAUGACAAUGCUUACACUGGAUAUGAAACAACACAACCAUUUCUGACCAUGCUUUGGGGCUUACAUAUGAAGUGCAAUUAGAACAAUUUCUCUUCUGCAAAGCUGUGCUGUGCAGUGUUUUUAAUUAUGUAGCCUACUUAAUGUGAUAACUAUUCACUUCAUCUGUUGGUCCUGGCUCAUUAAUAUUUUGUUUAGCUUUCUUUUGGAACAGAUACAUAAUGUGAUAAGAUAGAAGAGGUGGUCUUUGUAUAACUUUAACUUCAUGUUGCCAGAACCCUUUCAGAAAUAUAAUUGUGAAUGUAUAGGCCUUACUUAAUCAUAUCAUGGACAUAAAAAAUAAAUAAAUGUCAACACAUGCAACAAUCAACUAGGUCUAUGCUAUUUUCCUGAAUGGUAACUAGCCUACUUGGUAUAUAACGGAAGGAGACAUGGAAUGAAACAAUACAGAAAAUGACAUCUGCCUGAAAACAGCAUUUUACUUGUUUUACAUGAUCAUAGAAAGCUAGCCAUUUAUUUGAUAUUAGCCUAAGCACAUUUACAUUCUACUUGUUGGGUUAUGAUUACGUAUAAGGUGGGCACUAAAAUGAACCAGAUAAUAUGAUAAGACUUUCACAGCCAGGUGCCGCUGUUGCAUAAUUGAACACAUUCAAAGAAAAGGUAAAGGUCAACCUAUACCCUUUUCUUCUCUGCUUGUCUGCAGUCUACCCUGAAAUGUGCAUCUAUUCCUUCAUUGCUUGUCUUUGCACAGUUUCUUUAAAUAAACUUUAUGAAAGCAUUA